UAUUUAAACCAUUCAGUCUGCAGGUUCCUUGUGUGUUUCUAAGUGUUCAUUUUGAGAGAGAGAGAGAGAGAGAGGAUAAGGCCGAAAGAGGUGGUCCUAAUGGCUUUCUCUCCAUUCUCUCUGAAUUUCUUCCUUUUUCUUUUGCUUGUAAUUAUCAGUUCAUGUACAAAAACUUCAGCAAGAUCUGAGCCAGCUUAUACUGAUGAAAGCUUGGCCCAACAAGAAGCAGACAGAGUGGAUGGACUUCCAGGCCAGCCUUUGGUGAACUUCAAGCAAUAUGCAGGAUAUGUUACUGUAAAUCAAACUCACGGAAGAGCACUCUUCUACUGGUUUUUUGAAGCAACAGACAAACCAGAAGGAAAACCUGUUCUACUCUGGCUAAAUGGAGGUCCUGGGUGUUCAUCCAUAGGGUUUGGAGAAGCAGGGGAGCUGGGUCCUUUCUUCCCUGAAAAUGGAAGCAAACCAAAGCUAAAGUUCAACCCAUACUCAUGGAACACAGCUGCCAAUUUAUUGUUUGUUGAAUCUCCUGUUGGAGUUGGGUUUUCCUACACCAAUACUAGUAGUGAUAUCAACGAACUUGGCGACACUGUUACAGCUAAAGACUCGUAUACUUUCCUAUUAAACUGGUUUCGAAGAUUCCCACAGUUCAAGUCUCAUGAAUUCUACAUUGCUGGAGAAAGCUAUGCAGGACAUUAUGUUCCACAACUUUCUGAGCUUGUUUUCGAGGGAAAUAAGAAAGCAUCAAAGCAAAACUACAUAAACUUCAAAGGAUUCAUGAUUGGCAAUGCGGCGAUAGACGACGAAACAGAUCAGACGGGAAUGAUCGAUUAUGCAUGGGAUCAUGCGGUGAUAUCCGAUCGCUUGUACCAUGAAAUUAAGAGCAAGUGCAACUUCAGCCAAGAAAACUCAUCCAUUGACUGCGAUAAGGCUAUGGAGGAGUACUACCAAGUCUAUAAUAUUAUUGACAUGUAUAGCUUGUACACUCCUACUUGCGUUGGAAACAAUAGUAGCAACAUCACAAGGCAGCAGUACCCUUCGAUCCAUGGUAUCUCUCCCCAUCACUUUUCUAAAUUCGAUGGGUGGUACAAGAUGAUCAGAUCACGGGCAGGUUACGACCCUUGUUCACAAACAUACGCUACAGAGUAUUUUAAUAGGCAAGAUGUUCAAGAAGCAUUGCAUGCCAAUGUUACCAAAAUUCCCUAUCCGUGGAUUCAAUGCAGCCUGACCAUCACGUUGUGGAAGGAUGCACCAACCUCAAUUCUUCCCACAAUUAAAAAACUUGUCGAUGGGGGUCUCCGCAUUUGGAUUUAUAGUGGAGAUACAGAUGGAAGAGUACCAGUAACCUCGACCAGAUACGCAUUGAGAAAGCUUGGAUUGCGUAUUCUUGAAGAUUGGACUCCCUGGUACAACAAUCAGCAGGUUGGCGGUUGGACAGUUGUGUAUGAUGGGAUUAUGUUUGUAACCAUCAGAGGUGCGGGUCAUGAAGUUCCAGUUCUUGCACCUAAACAGUCUCUCCAACUGGUUACACACUUCUUGGCCAAUCAGAAACUGCCAUCUGCACCAUUUUGAUAUUGCUAGCUAGCUAGUUCACACUGCUUCAAGUUUUUUCUUCCUGUAUUAUCACAUCAGAAAAGAAAGUCCAACACUAUCUGCAUUGAUUUGUCAAUAUCUAGUAUACAGUGAAUAUGAAAGUUACAACAAACAUGAGCUCCAAGGACUAAUAAGCUCAUUGGAAGCAAUCACCUAAAGUUUAAACAUGAAGCCUUUGACUUA